AUGCACACCCUGGGAAGUGAAGGAUCCUUGUUUGGUAAAAGGUGACCGCUCUGGUCCCUGGAGAGGAUUAGUCGCCUGUUACCCCAGGACUCCCUCGCCCCAGAGGUGUUGCUGCUGAGAGAGGAGGAGAAACAGGAAGAGGAACGAGGGGAACACGACGGGACAGGGGUCCAAAAAGACCACGACACCUCAGCAGUCUCAAUUGCUGAGACUGAGACCCACAGUUCACCAGAAGAAGGAGAAAGUACAGAGCCAGAGGCACAAAUAGGACAUGACACGGUCAGAGCGAGAGAAGGAAAAAGAGGAGGGUAA